AUGCACAAAUUCAAUACGCUUUCUCUCCUUCGAAAUUCUUCUUCGGCUGUUGUUCCAUCCAAUCUUGUGGCUUUACCUUCCUCUCGCGCCUACUCCACUUACCGAGUUAAAAUUAAGAGACAUAGAGCCCCUAAAGGUCUCGGAGCCAAACAACAUCAUCAGAAAUCUUUUCUCACCGCAGAGAAUAUUCCUGAAUCCACCCAACAUCUCUUUGAACACCCAGAUUUUAAAAGAGAGAAUAGAUAUUUCGUUUCUAGAAUUGAUAUGCUAAGCAUGGGAAAGGCUCCCACAAAUUUGCCCAAAGUAACACAAUUAUCAAAUAGCGAAUGGCAACAACAAAUGAAGGAAAAGACCAUCAAAGCCUUUGAGCAAUUGGAUCUUCAUGUCGAUUUAUUCCCAAAGCAAGUUGAGGAACCAACUUUUAGAGAUGAAAUUUCUGCCAAUCUCACCACCCAACUUUCCGUAACAUUUGCAAAGGCAAAGGAGGAACAAACUUUCUCAAAUACUUCCUUGUUAGGCAAUUUCAUUGAAUCCAAGACUACUGAGCAAUUGCCAACAGUAAAAUUUGAAGGAGAGAAAGAUGCUUUAUACACUCUUGUCAUGUUGACACCAGACUACCCAUUCAGAUUAAUUCCUGACAGGGGAAGCUUCAUUCAUUGGAUGGUUGCAAAUAUUCCAGGAAGUGGAGACGUUUCGCAAGGCAAUACAAUUUGUUCAUACAUUCCUCCAUUGCCAACAGAGUGUGCAGGAACUUUCCGCUACAUUUUCCUCUUGUACAAACAAAGUGAAAAGAUGGACAAUGUUGAAAAAGUCAAGGAAAUUUUGUUGACAACUGAACAAUACAAACAGCCACAACAAUACGAAAUUUUGAAGCAAGACCAAGACCUUAACAGGAAAAUGAAAGAAAAGAUGAGAAGACAUGCUUAUGAGUAUGAAUAUGAAUAUAUUGAUCAGAUGAUUGACAAAAAGUUUAAAGCUCACAGCAACUUGGUUACGAUAGAUGGGCAAAAUGAAUUUGAUAUUAAGGGAAGUGAUUACAGACCAGUUCAAACACCAGAACAAACAGCAAAGACAUUUGAACUUAAUCAAAGAAGAUAUUUCGAUUUGAGCAAAUUGAUAAAUGAAAGCAAGAAGCCAGCAGGAAUGUGCUUCUUUAGAACUGAAUACGAUUUCAAUGUCACAGAGCUCUAUCAAAAGAAUCAAUGGAAAGAACCAUUCUACAUUCCACCAGACAUUAUCCAUAAUGAAAUUGUUAAGAAACACAAAGUUUAUCAAGGUCUAAGCAUUAAGAAGCAAAAUUACAUGAACACACUUAACUGGGUUUAA